AUGUUGGAGGAGAUUCCUGCCGUAUUACUCAGAUCUACUAUUGACAAUUUCCAGCUAGAGCCUGACUUGCAGACUGUCGACCGUAUCAACGAUAGCAUUAGCUUGCUCAAGACGUCGCGGGAGAACCAGAUCAACGAGGAGACCACCAUCCUUGCCAAUUUAACGCGCCAGUUAGAGAUCUCGGAGAACUCGCUAAAGGAGUUUCAGGGGUCUGAACCAGUGCUUGCCACCGCCGAGCAGUUACAGGAAAAUGAGCGUAAAAAGUUCACCUUGGCAAAGAACUUGAAUGAUUUGGAAAUGCAGUUGAACAACUUGAACUUGCAGCUCAAUAAACUCAACAAUGAGUACGACAAAGCUGAUCAGGAAUAUAACAACUUCAUCGCAUACCAGGAAGAAGUUCCUCUGAGUAGCGGGCUGGACGGCGUGACUGCCUCGGACGAUUCGACCGUUUUGAAGUUGAAACUCUACAGGUCCCUAGGGAUCAAGAUUGAGCAGCCAGGCAUGGCGGCACCUGACACAAAUCCCUCGGAUUUAUUGGAGAAGGUGGUUAUUUACAAUAAGGUCCAGGACACAACCAACAUUUUGAAAUUAGACGAAAAAUACAGCGACUACUUCGUAUCGAACUACGUGUGGGAUCGCAUUGGCACGGAAUAG